CGUGACCAAGGUGUAGACUAAGAGGUGGAGUCAUGCUUCACACGGCCAUAUCAUGUUGGCAGCCAUUCCUGGGUCUGGCUGUAGUGUUCAUCUUCAUGGGUUCCACCAUUGGCUGCCCCGCUCGCUGUGAGUGCUCUGCCCAGAACAAAUCUGUUAGCUGCCACAGAAGGCGGCUCAUCGCCAUCCCCGAGGGCAUUCCCAUCGAGACCAAAAUCUUGGACCUCAGCAAGAACAGGCUGAAGAGUGUCAACCCUGAGGAGUUCAUAUCCUAUCCUCUGCUGGAGGAGAUAGAUUUGAGUGACAACAUCAUCGCCAAUGUGGAGCCAGGAGCUUUUAACAAUCUCUUUAACCUUCGUUCCCUCCGCCUCAAAGGUAACCGCCUGAAACUGGUCCCCUUAGGGGUCUUCACGGGGCUAUCCAAUCUCACCAAGCUGGAUAUUAGUGAGAAUAAGAUUGUCAUUUUACUGGACUACAUGUUCCAGGACCUGCACAACCUGAAGUCUCUAGAGGUGGGGGACAAUGAUUUGGUUUAUAUAUCACACAGGGCCUUCAGUGGGCUGCUGAGCUUGGAGCAGCUCACCCUGGAGAAAUGCAACCUCACAGCUGUACCAACAGAAGCCCUUUCCCACCUCCGCAGCCUCAUUAGCCUGCAUCUGAAGCAUCUCAAUAUCAACACUAUGCCCGUGUAUGCCUUUAAAAGACUGUUCCACCUGAAACAUCUAGAGAUUGACUAUUGGCCUUUACUGGAUAUGAUGCCUGCCAAUAGCCUCUAUGGUCUCAACCUCACGUCCCUCUCGAUCACCAAUACCAACCUGUCCACGGUCCCCUUCCUUGCCUUUAAACACCUGGUAUAUCUGACCCACCUUAACCUCUCCUACAAUCCCAUCAGCACGAUUGAAGCUGGCAUGUUCUCGGACCUGAUCCGCCUUCAGGAGCUUCAUAUAGUGGGGGCCCAGCUCCGCACCAUUGAGCCUCACUCCUUCCAAGGGCUCCGCUUCCUUCGUGUGCUCAAUGUGUCUCAGAACCUACUGGAAACUUUAGAAGAGAAUGUCUUCUCCUCCCCUAGGGCUUUGGAGGUCCUGAGCAUCAAUAACAAUCCACUAGCCUGUGACUGCCGUCUCCUCUGGAUCCUGCAGCGGCACCCCACGCUGCAGUUCGGGGGCCAGCAGCCCAUGUGUGCUGGCCCCGACACCAUCCGUGAGAGAUCAUUCAAGGAUUUCCACAGCACUGCCCUUUCUUUUUACUUUACCUGCAAAAAACCCAAAAUCCGUGAAAAGAAGCUGCAGCAUCUGCUAGUGGAUGAAGGGCAGACGGUCCAGCUCGAAUGCAGCGCUGACGGAGACCCUCAGCCUGUCAUUUCCUGGGUGACACCGCGCAGGCGUUUUAUCACCACCAAGUCCAAUGGAAGAGCCACCGUGUUGGGCGAUGGCACCCUGGAAAUCCGCUUUGCCCAGGAUCAAGACAGCGGGAUGUAUGUCUGCAUCGCUAGCAAUGCAGCGGGGAACGACACCUUCACGGCCUCUUUAACCGUGAAAGGCUUCACAUCAGACCGCUUCCUUUAUGCCAACAGGACCCCUAUGUACAUGACGGACGCCAACGACACCAUGUCCAACGGCACCAAUGCCAAUACGUUUUCCCUGGACCUUAAAACAAUACUGGUGUCUACAGCCAUGGGCUGUUUCACAUUCCUGGGAGUGGUUUUAUUUUGUUUUCUCCUCCUUUUUGUGUGGAGCCGAGGGAAAGGCAAGCACAAAAACAGCAUUGACCUCGAGUAUGUGCCCCGAAAGAACAAUGGUGCUGUUGUGGAAGGGGAGGUGGCUGGACCCAGGAGGUUCAACAUGAAAAUGAUCUGAGGGUCUAGUGCUCACACUGUUGUUUCCGGGUCGGUGUUGGUUACCAGUGAGAUAGCUGGCACAGUCAAUUACUAGGUGAAAAGGUGGCUUCGGGCAGCUGCCCCUGUGUCCAAGCAGGGUCCACGGAAGCAGGAGGACUUCAUCUGGAGACUCUCCACCUAGAGGCAGGCAGACACGUGUCAGAGCCCUUCACAGUGGGAUACUAAUUGUUUGCAUUGCAAAUAUUGGCAUUCUGGGGAUCUCAGUAAUGAACCUGAACCUUCGGCUCAUGCUCAUGGACAGUUACUCAACAUUUUCUACCA